ACUAGAGGAUGGCUACACUUUUAAUGGAAAUAGUAAACAAUCUUUGAAAACUAAGCUGCAAUUCUCUUAUUUAUCCUGAAUUCCUAGAUAAUAUUUAUAAAGGCAUGUUCUUUGCUAUCACACCUACAAUCAAAGUAUAUUCUGACUGAAUCACUCUGUGAGGGUGAUAGGUCGUUAUUCAGGUAGAUGAUAGUUUAGAUAGAUAGAUAGAUAGAUAGAUAGAUAGAUAGAUAGAUAGAUAGAUAGAUAGAGAUCAAAUAAGACAGAUAAAUAUGCACCCACUGACUCUCUAAGUCAUCUAUCAGAAUUCUAUGGAUGUGAAGGUAAAAAAUAAUUUGAUGUAUUCAGUUGAUAAGAAUCCAUAAGCCAAUGUUCCUUGACAUAAAAUAUUUAGAACAGGAAGAUCUCAACUGAUGUUAUCCAUCAGUUUUUCUUUAGUAAUAAAUAUGGUCUGUUACCAGUAGCUCCUGGGUAUGCUUUAUGACACAGUAGAUCUGUACUCUUCUCCCUCAGAGUCUUAAUCUGCCAACUGCCUUCUAGAACCAUCUCCCUCAACGACCAUUACAAACAACUUCAAGAGAAACAACGGAAGGGAUAUUUAUGCUCUUAGGCAUUAUAUCAGUUAAAGUAAAGGAGCCACACCAUGUUAUUGCCCCUGUUAGUGAAGUUUUGGCUAUCCCCCAUUAUGGCAGUUGACUCCUGGCCAUGCAGCUACGAGCAAUUGAUUUCUUCAGUUUGGUCUCACCAUCUGGUUAUGUCAUCAUCAGGUAUGCUGCUUAAUUUCAGCCACAAUCAUCCUUAUAUAUUGCAUCACCCAUGUAGAAAUAACUUUUUCCGUGGUAUUUCCCCAGCUCUUUACCUUGGAGAAAGGUUAUUCAUCAGCCUUGAUAUGUUUGAAAGCAGCAUUCUCCCUCUAACCAUCCCCAAUGGUUUUACAAGGCCACCUGCCAUUGUUAGUGCUGCUGUCUUUGUGCAAGAUACAAUCGUGGCAGUGGUGAAUGGUGCCGUCUUUGUCUACUUCUAUGCCACAUCGAAGAAAUGGCUGCAUUCAAAAGGGAUUACUCAUCUGGUUACUGAACUUGCUAGCUACAAUUGUUGCUUUGCUCUAAAUGAUCCUGCCUGUGACAAAAUCAAUGAACUUGUUCUGGCGUAUAACCCAGGCAAUUUGGUUAGCAAAAGUGAGAUAUUUUAUUCAAAAAAUGGGGCCAGCAUAUUUGAAUCUUUAAAAAGUAGACCUUUGAGGGAUGGCAUUCUACUUGGUAUCUAUGUUUUUGCUUCCUCAGCACAUAUUGGAAUGCUCCUCAAGGAUGCCAGUCAUUCUGAGACUGCAUACUUCACAUAUGGAACUAUUGAAUCCAUGAAGAAUGAAAUAGGAACAUCCUUUAGCGGAAAAUUCUUAAAUGGUUAUAAAGUUGAAAGCACACUCCCCCCUGGUAUGAAAGGUUUUAUCUUACUAUGGACUAACAAAACACUUAUGAGCUCCUCGAAUGAUGGAUUGACGACAAAUAUUAUUACUGUCCUUCCCACAGACAGCUAUCCUAAUAAAACUCUUCCAGAAAGUAUUUGCUUUGCAGCAGCCACCGAUAAUGAGAUUGCAGUCCUCACCGAGACUCAGCUUUUCUACGGAAACCUGGACAUGGUCUCUGGAAAAAUGGUACAUUUGGGGGACAAUAAUGUUUCCUCAGUCCACGUUUCUUGUCAAGCUAUGUCAUUUGAAAAUAUUGGAACACUUAGCAUCAUCCGUCCAUUUCCCAGCAAUGUAUCUAAAUAUUACCAUUUUCAUAAAUGCAUCAUCAACGUCCAGGCUAAGCUCAUGACUGUGGAGCCACCACUGCAAUCCUGUCCAAUGGAGAUCCUCACUGGUGAUUUCCACAACAGGAUGUAUUAUAUUGAUACAAACCAGCGUCUUCAUUUUAAUGCCACAUUUGUACCAAAGCCAGGGACUGGUGCCUAUCCAUAUGUCAUGUUAAGCAAUCCACGUGUGCUAGCAUUUGAGGCAUACAUUGUGGAGGAUGGCUAUACUUUUAAUGGAAACACUAAAUACAGCUUGCAAAUUAAAUUAGAAGAACAACACGUAGCAAGUAUGUUGUCAGAAAAACAGAACAUAUCACUCUUAAAGAAGCUGUCAUCUGUUAGUGUGGACAUCUAUAACAAAGGCAUAUUCUGCAUUGACAUGUAUCCAUUGACAGCUCUUAUUGCAGUGGAGUGUCCACCUAAGAAACACAUCAGAAUUUUAAGGAGUACAACAGGUUGUAGUAAAGGUCUCUUUGAACCAAUACUACUACAGAAUUUUGUUUAUUCAAUUGAUAAGAAACUAUACGAUCCUUUGUUCCUUGGUAGAAAAAAUUUAGAACAGGAAGAUCUUAAUGUGUCCUAUAAGUAUGACACUUGGGGAUGUCCUCUUUUCUUAUAUUAUGAUAAACCAUGGCUACCAGAUCUUGAAUUAUGGGACAACGAUGAAUUUGUGGAAUACGUUUCUGCAGAUUUUGUACUGUAUGAAAUAAAUGGAAUGCAUAAUUACGAUUAUCUCUUGACUGAAAUAGAGGCCAAUUGUUUGUCAGAGGCCCAGAACUGGACCAAACAAUUAGCAAAUUUUCCAGGGUCUCCACAAAUUGCAUGGACUAGAUAUAAUUAUGUGAGUUGCAAGGAACCCAGAGAAAACAAAUCUUUACCAUCAGCUAAUUCAAAGUACCAGGUUUUAAAAAGGGAUGAAAGAAACAGAAUACUUUUUCCACAGUACAAUGGCUUUUAUGUCUUCAGAAUUACUGUUGUAGAUAGCUUAUAUAGUUACUGUGACCUUAGCACAAUUUUCAGUGUGUACGUUUAUGGAGCCCUCCCAAAAUCUGAGGUCAGUGUUGGAAAAGCACUAAUUAAUUGUCUUGUUCUCAUAUUUGGCACAAUGCUGACAGUUUAUUUUUUUCUUAAAUUACUAAAGGAGUACUCAACAAUCAAAUAAAUUUAGUCUAUCAUUUCACAACUUACUGUAGAAUAAUAAAUGUGGAUUUAAUUAUACUAAGAUUUUUUCUUUUCCCUGGUUUGAAAUAAAAAUACACUGUAAUUAAUAUUAUUUCUGUAUAUGUGCAUGUAUGUAUGUAUUCUUUGGUUUCUCUCAUUAAAUUGUUUUCAAGAAUAUUUAUUACAUUAAUGGUAAUAUGAAUAACC